UUUAUAAUUUUGACACAUGCGCUGAUUGGCCGCCACAAAGUUACGUUUGGCCAACUUUACGAAUCAGUGUCGUUCCGGUCGCCGUUGUCGUGGAGUCAGUGAAGUUUAGUGUUGGAAUUUUACGUGUGUUUAGCAUCAAAAAAUGGCGUCUGGUGUGACAGUGUCGGACGCGUGCAAAACGACGUACGAAGAGAUAAAGAAGGACAAAAAGCACCGCUACGUGGUGUUCUACAUCCGUGACGAGAAGCAGAUCGACGUCGAGACCGUCGGCGAGCGCAACGCUGAAUACGACCAGUUCCUCGAGGACCUGCAGAAGGGUGGCACCGGAGAGUGCAGAUAUGGCCUCUUCGACUUUGAAUACACACACCAGUGUCAAGGCACCUCGGAGGCCAGUAAGAAACAGAAGCUCUUCCUCAUGUCAUGGUGCCCAGACACCGCCAAGGUCAAGAAGAAGAUGUUGUACUCUAGCUCAUUCGACGCGCUGAAGAAGUCGCUGGUAGGCGUACAGAAGUACAUCCAGGCGACCGACCUCUCGGAGGCCUCCCAGGAGGCCGUCGAGGAGAAACUCCGCGCCACGGACCGCCAGUAACGCAUUUACCCGCAUUGUACGCCAAACGCACCGAUGUGCUACGUUCCACCGCAGUUUAGCGACCUUACAGUGGGGAGACGUCACAGUGACCAGACCAGCGGGGCUACAACGGAACUCUGACAACGACAGUGAUAAUCUCGCGAUUCGCGUUCCUGACACUUGGCUGCAAUACUCCAGCAACCAUACCGUUUUUUAAGACAUUAAUAACAAUUAUUGCUAUUUAAAUACUUCAGCAAUGGUAUCGCGAAAUUUAAACGCAUAACAACAAUUGCAGUGUAAUAAUCACAAGUUGGUGAUAUGACCUCAAGUUAUAUUGAGUUUCUAAUCUUUUUGAUAAACGCUUGAGUAUAACAUCAAAUUCGCUUAGGCUGAACAAGUCUGAAUCAUUCUAUGCCUAGGAGAAUCGCCGCCAUGUGUUAUUUUAACAACUCCACCAUCGAAAAAUGUAUAUUGAUUGCGGUACCGCCAUGUUGGAAUUAAACAUGUUAUUAUACGAUCUAUAGCCAAGCUAGUUUUUAAUCCAAAGUAUGGCCCUGUUGUAGCACGUUUCCAAACUGUAUGAUCGCUAAACUAUGUCUUAACUAUAGUCGCGCAAAACCAGUAUAGAAUAGCUUUUUCACGUCGUCCGAUACAACAUCGGAUCGAAUAAUGGAAAAACUAUAUGACUGUCACGUUAAUAGGCUACGCCAACGUAAGACAAUAUAAGCAUGUUUUAUUGUGAUUCAUUAAUUUAAUGAUUUUAAACACAAGACAAAAGGUCAGAACGGCAUAUUAAGAAUGCCAAUCAAUGUUAAAUGUAUAUUACAUGUAGAAAUUUUAAUAGUAUUUUAAUUGUAAAUGAAGGGUAGUUGCAAAAUUCUCAACAGUAACAAUUCUUUUUCAUUUUGUGCGACUAUAGUUAUCGAAAAAGGGGUUUUUUUAUAAUCGAAAAGAGUCGAGCGCUCUCAGUGAAAUAAGAAAACGGGGUUAUUUUAUACGUCAGUUGUCAUUAGCUUUGAUACAAACGUACGGUCAUUGUCGGCAAAUUUGUACAGAUAUAGUGAAUUAACUAUAUUAGCAGAUUGCGCGGUGUAGCAUAAGGGAUGUUUAUGUAAUAAUUUAAAUUAUACUAAUUAUUAUAUAUAUUUUUCCUAUAAAAUAAUAACUAAAGAGUUAAGGUAAGCUCAAACUAAAUUAAUUCAUACGGUACACGGAAGUGUGCGUGUUUUUUUUUACCGCAAUACGCCGGUCGGGCUUUUUUAUACAUUACUUAGAUUGUAAAUGAGAAGACAUCAAAAUCGCUAAACGAUUUUCAUUUGAUAUUCAUCGUGCUAAUGCAGAUAGCUUGUAAAUGCGGCGCCAGCGGCCGCUUGAUAAGUAUUUUGUAACCAAUUUAUCCAGAAAUACACUCGAUAUAAGUGAA